AUGGUUCAUGGGAAAUUCGCUGAGUCAUUGAAGAAAAAAAAUUCAUAAAAUCCUAUAGCUUAAACCAAUAUCAAAUUCACCGAUAAAAACCUUUAAAAAACUUCGAGUUUUAGAUGUGAUGGUUAAAAGGAAUCAUUCUUAAAAAGGAGUAAUUAGAUGGAUCUAGAAGGCUAUGUUAAUAAGUCUAGCAGUAAGAAAGGCUCUGAAUACGGAAAUAACUCAAAUCAUAGUUAGAGUGACACAAAGAAUAAAUUUAAGAAAAACUAAGAAUUAGACUUCAGCAUUUCAAGCGAUGAAUAUAAAGAUCAGAUUUAAGAUGAAAUCAAGCUUAACUCAGAAAACCUAGACUAAUUAGUUAAUAUCAGUAAUAGCAACAAAUCUAAAUCCAAAUUCUUUGAACAAAGAAAUCUUAAACUCAUAAAAAAUCACAGUUACUAAGGGGAGUCAGAAAAAAUAAAUUUUUCUAUUAGUAAUAAUUGUAAUGCUGUAAGUUAGUUAAAUUUACAGUAUCAAGCUAGUAGUGAUAAAAACCAAUAAGAUUAAGCUAAACUUGAAAACUUACAAGAUAUAUUCGAAAAUCCAGCAUUCUAAAAGGAGAGGAUUACUAGAGUGUAAUCUAAUGGGCUACCUGUAAUUAAAGAUAGGCACCACUCUUAUAAUGGAUCUCCAUUGCACCAAUUGAAUAGUAAAGCAAUUAUUCAACAUGAUUCUUUUAAAAAUUCAACAACAAAUUUUAAUAGUUAGACUAAUGCUAACAGUCUUAACAGCAGUAGUGGAUUAAUGAUUAACAAGACAUCUAAUUAGCAAAAUCUGUCCCAAUUGAAUGUCUCCCAGUUUAUGAUGAAUUUUUCCAAAAAGAACUUAUAAAAAAGUAUUACAUCUUCAGAUAAAUUGUUAGCCCCUAGUCCGCAAAAGCUAAAGUAAUCAUUUUUAAAUCAAAAGAUGCACCAAUCUGGAGGAUAAGAAUAGAUAUAAGCUAGUUUAAACUAGACAAAAAAUUUCUUCCAUAACAGAAAAAUGAGCUAUGAAAAUUAGUUUUAUUUUACUAACAAACUAGAAAGUAAACGAAUUAGUGGAAAUGGCAACUAUGGAAUAAAAUUUAUGAAUAAUAACUAAUCUUGA